AUGAUGCUGGUGCUGUUCUGUGUGAUCAUUGGCGAGGCGGACAGUGCGUUCAUGGUGACACUGGACGAAGGCGUCUCAGUGGGCCAGUUAAAGAAGGCGAUCCUGGAUGCGCACCCAAAGAGCUUGAAGGACGUUGAAAUGAAGGAGCUGCAGCUUUUCGUGGCCAAGACAAAUGAUGGCAAGUGGUUGGGAGGUGAGAGUGAGGUCGCGAAGGAACUCAGUAGCGGGAAAAUUCCAAACUCGAUUCAGGACGUGAUUAAUGGAGAAUCGAUACUGACAUGGACGACUCUACAGGACUGGUUAUUCACGAAGAACAGUAUGGACCAGCCCUCUUUCAAUCAAAUUCACGUUUUGGUGAAGCUGAAGAACAACCAGCCAUGUGCACUCGGUCAACGGUCUGUGGAGAUGAACGACUCUAAGAAAGACGAGCCGGUUGCUAAAAAGCGAAGGAUCCAGAAAUACAUUGCGUCCACUGGGCCACUGAGGGAAGACGACUACUCCGUUCCUUUGGACACUAUCGAGGCUUUUAAACAGAUUCAAAAUGGCUUUUCAGGAAAUGAUUGCCCGCUCUAUAUGCUGUAUGGCCCUCGUCAAUUCGGCAAAAGUACAAUUGCUCGUGGUAUCGAAAGAUUGUUUUGCAGUCAUUCGAACAUCAUACCCGUGUAUUUCGAAGUUUCGGCAGAGAUCGCGAGUAACGAGGCCACAUUUUGGCGCUACUUAGGGAAAAUGGUCGACGCAGAAAGCGAGUGUCACGAUUCCAUAUCGUUGUUGAUGUUAGUUACAACGUGCGCUGGUCGCGACAAAAAGAAGUUGUGCUUGGUUGUGGAUGAAAUGGAUCGUCUGUUCCAAAACCCCAAUUUGUUAACCAGCUUUCUGGGACUUCUUCGGGUGUGGAAGUUCCAAUCGCCGAGCGUCUUCCUGGGUUUUCUUGGGGUUGGCAAUUAUGAGCUGCUAAAUCACUACUUGGUGUUUCAUGGCGAUAAUGAUUCGAGUCCCUUUAACGUUUCUGAAACAAUUAAGGUUGAGAAAUUUUCAAACCCCCAGAUGAGCGACUUCUUUAUGGAGAUGAAGCCGCGCUAUCCAUUUACAGACUCACUUCAGCUGGGAAUCAUGAAUCUUUCUGGUGGGACCCCUGGUGUGUUGGGAUCACUUGUUCGUUUCACGGCUGAUGAAGGUAAAUACCAGCUUGAGUUUGAAGAAUGGGAGGAGUGGUUUUUUGGAUUGCUGUUUUCAGUGUACCUGAAAGAAUACAAUCGCACCUAUGAUCGCAUUCUUCAAGAUUUACACAAAUUGAAUGAGACAGAGUGGUGGAUUCUCAAACAGGUGCUUGGGGGAAAUGACGAUCUCAAGGCUAGGUAUGGAAACGCAGAUCACUUACUGCGGAUGGGAGUUGUGAUUAAACUGCGCACUGAUGCACUGGUCAUCGUCUCGCCGAUGAUGAAGCGACUGUGUCUCGAAGCGCUUCCCAGACGAGAUAUUCGUGAAGCAAUUACUGGCGAUGACCCUAUCCAGCUCUUAGUUGGUGCACUCGCGUACGUUGACCCGAACCAAAUUGCACAAUUGCUCGCGCAGAAUCGGCAGUCGGCAAGUGAAGCCAUUUUUCACCACGAACUUUACGCAGUGAUACGUGAUAUCUUGUCGAAGGAUGGUCAGGGUAGAAAACAAGUUUGCCCUGAAGCAAAAACAGUCGACUCCAGAACCAGAGCGGAUAUUCUUAUCAUCAACGGGAUAAGGUUCGCAUACGAGUUGAAGGUAGACCUUUUGGCUGAAUGCCCCAAGAUGAAUGCUGCCGCAGCACAAGCAAAUGGGUACAAGAAGCAAUUCAAAGUUCAGCACAUGCUGGUUGUGAAUUUUAUUCCGAGUGGACACCAGUUCGACAAAGUGUAUCGAGUGGAAGCACAUCCUUCGGUUGAACUCGUUCACGUCACGUAUUCUGAGUCCUUCGAUCAUUACACCAUCUACUAUCUUCCAGAGAAGGUCAUUCCUGAGAGCGAAAAGAAAAGUUAUUUUGGAAAGCUGCAGCCUCAUCUUCUGGAAAAGCUCGAGGUUCGCGAUGUCACCUGUCUGGCGAAGCCAGCGAGGAAGUCGUCUUUCCUCUUAGAUGACGUGGAACAGAAAACGGAGGCAACAACGUUAUCGGAGUAA